AAUGCAUUCGCGAUCACAAGAUUAAGAGUAAACAAGUUAUCGGGAAUAUUGGGAUAAUAAAACGCGUGAUACGAGAGGACCUUAAAUUUAUUGUGUAUAUAUAUAUAAAAAAAAAAGAUUUUCCUUUUCUUCUUUUAUUCCCUGUUUAAAAAUAAUAAUAAAACUUUGAUGAGAUGAUUACAGCCAGAUAUAACAACUUUUACAGCCACGGUAAAAAAAACGAUAUUUCGUGUCGUCGUUUUACACUUGAUGAACGUAAAAAUUGGACAACAGAUGAAAGUGGUGAUGAACAAACACGUUUCCAUGACAAGGAUCGAUUCAUUGAAUUGGCCCAAGCUGCACUAGAAGAAGCUAAAAUGGAAGAGGAGCAAAAGGGUGUUUUACAAGAGUUGGUUGAGGCACUUAUAGCUCGUACUGGUGCACCCAUGAUGGCAGAUGUGAUUCUUGAACAGUUUCGUAGUCAAGAUGUCAUUGAAAGAUUAGCUGAAGACCAUUUUAAUGAGCAACAAAAGAGAAGAAGAUCAAGUAGUGAAUUAUUAUCGAAAGACGGAUUAUAUUCGCCUCACGUAUUGAAAGAACCCACAACAGAGCAAACUAUAGUUCAUCAUACGGGUGAUCACAACAGUAUUGACAAGAUGCUAUUAAUAUCUGAAUAUUUGUGGAGAUUAUUUAGGUUAUUGUUGUUGUCUAGUCUAGUAUGCCUGGUCUAUCAUUUCAUGUGUGCAGAUCCCAAUCAGUCUUUAUUCAAGUUUUAAACAUAUAAAAAUACCCUCUCAUAAAAUUUAUUGUACAUAUAAAAAAAUAAAAAAUUAGCCACUUAAUACAUCGAAU